AUGCCUCCUCCACCCCAAGCCUUAUCCGAUAAAGACGACGACAACUUUCCGGCCCAGCAGUUAUUCGUUCUAGGUCUUUGUCGGUUUGCUGAGCCCAUUGCCUUCACUUCCAUCAUAGCAUAUAUCUACGUCUUUGUACGAGAUGUGAGACCCGAUGACGAGGCCAAUGCCGCCGCCUAUGCUGGUCUCAUGAUAUCGGCUUUUGCUCUGGCAGAGUCAUUGACAUGCUUCAGUUGGGGUUCUUUGAGUGAUCGAAUCGGUCGUAAGCCCGUCGUCCUCUUCGGUCUCGCCGGGACAGCCUUGUCCAGUUUGGUCUUUGGUUUCUCCAAGAACUACUGGCUUGCUCUCGGAGCCCGCGUGAUCGGCGGCGCCUUGAAUGGCAAUGUUGCUGUCAUCCAGACCAUGGUUGCUGAAAUGUGCAAAAGACCAGAGCACGAACCACGAGCUUACAGUGUGAUGCCUUUUGUCUGGACCGCCGGUGCCAUUCUCGGUUCGGGGAUGGGUGGCUAUCUUGCUCAACCUGCUAAGAAUUUCCCCGAGACAUUCCCUCCUGAUGGUCUUUUUGGAAAAUACCCGUACCUUCUACCUAAUUUGAUCGCCGCUGGCUACAUUGCUGGGACAAUUGUGAUAGGCGCCAUUUUCCUCAAAGAAACGAACAUUCCGACAAAGGUGGAAUCCCUCUCACAGCAAGAUGUCUCUACUGCCUUUACCAACGAACGUACACCUUUGCGCCCACGGCAGAGCAUCGAUCGCGUCCAACAUGGGUACGAGUCGCAAGAGGGCAAUCAACAACCCUCCCUUUUAGGCACCAAUCUGCCGCUGACGGCGGGCACCACAGUUGAUCUUCGUCGAAUGUCUGCAAUAUCAGUAAGCACCACCGGGGGUAGUUUCCGACAUCUGGUUGGAACCCAGCAAAGGCGGAGUUCCAAUGCCAUCAGUGACGACGAAGACGAAGAGUUGUCGAGCCCUGGAUCCAGUUCCACUUCAAGUACAAGUCCUUGGACCCGAGAAGUCAAACUUUUGAUUGUUCAGCUCAUCAUAAUGGCCUAUUACCAGAUGGCAUAUGGUUCUCUCUUACCAGUCUUCUUCGUUGAUGAGCCCGAUCGUCCGGGCUUGGAUUUCCACGGCGGGCUCGGCUACACGGUUCGAAAUGUGGGCGUGUUCUUAUCAGUCAACGGUGUCGCUUCAUUACUCAUCCAAGCUUUCAUCUUUGCGCCAUUUGUGGCCAAUGUUGGAGUUUGGAAGUCCUUUGUAUGGCUCACCAUACUCGUGCCUCUGACCCAUGCGGCAGCGCCAUUCUUGACAGCCCUCUCAGGAUCAGCACUGGUGGCAGGAAUCUAUGUGGAUCUGAUAUUGAAUAAUUUCAUGCUGAUCGUCAUCUAUCCUUCCCUGUUGAUACUUUUGAAGAAUGCCACUCCUUCUUUGUCCAUGUUGGGAAAGGUCAACGGUCUGGCAAUGGCAGCAUCAUCAGGUGCACGGACGGUUUCUCCGCCUCUGACUGGAUUCUUUUACAGCAAGUUAGGGUCAGCCGGAGGGUUUUGGAGUAUUGCAGUGGUUGCUGCAUUGGCCGGGGUCAUGAUCUACCCGAUGACACCACCACAGGACCCAGACAAGGUUGACGAUGCUGAGGGAUAG